AUGGCUGACGAGUGGGAUGUGAGCUUGCGACACUAUCGCCUGCUCAGCCGCUAUCCUGGAUAUGCCUUGCAGGUGCUGCGAUGUGCUGAGAUUCGACGCGAAAGACACCUGCGGCCGCGUGCGGCAUCCUUCAGCGAGGAUAAAGAUCGCCCCACCAAAGCUGCCGCAUUGAAUGCCUGGAGGGCCUUUGCCAGCACCCUGGUCUUAGCUUCCUUGCUGAACGACUCCACCCUUGAUGAGGAGACCUAUUGGACGGUGCGCGCCAGUGGUCAGACCUUCCGGGAAGGCGUGGCGUGUCUUCGGCGCCUGAUGGCCUUGCGGGAGUGUCCCAUCUCCAGCGACUGGGAUUUGGGACGUUUCAAGCGCAUCACCUACGAUGUCCUGUGCCAAAACACCUCCGCACGGGCUGAGCGGCGGCGAGAGAACCGUGGAGGUGCGCUGCUGCUGCACGCGGGAACACCAUCACAGGCGUCGCGCCGGGCGCCGAUGGCUGGCAUGGCCUUUGCGGAUUGCAUUGGGCCCGACCCAGGACACUUCCACCGACGCCCGCUAUAUCCAAAUCAGAAGUGCCUAGUGGUUCUGGCCCGCUGUGGUGCUUUGUCGUGCCAAGAUAUCCCGGGAGGUGAAGAAGCCGUUCUGGCACACCUGCGGAGGUUGUUCCGUCGCACACGCCGCUACCACGACAUCCAAGGUGUCGAGCUGGCUCUGUUGGAUCACUUCCAACUGGAUUUGUCACAGAUGGAGUCGGAGGCCAAAGAGCUGGCCCAGGUCUUGCUUUCUGAGAUUGGCAAUGUAGACAAUGUAGACUAUCAGGAGUUUGGUGCUCAACUUCAACUCUUAGUUGCUCUCCUCCGUCGCAAAGCCUGUGACUGGUGGCAGCUGUCGCUGGAGCAACUCUCAGCCAUGCAUGGGGUGUUGAAGCUCUCCCGGCGACCUCAGUUGCAUGUGGAAUUUGAUGCCUGGGCGCAUCCCUGGAAGUUAAGCAGAGAGGAGGUGAUGAACUGCAUCCAGAAAUGCACCAUCAAAGGCACCAGCUAUGCCCAGAUUCUGUGCAGUUUGGAGCACUGGCAACUCACCAGCUGCCAGUUGGGUCCUUUGGUGGCCCUGCACUGCGCCGUGGCAUGGCUCAAGACGCGGCAAGGCUUCGGCAAAGCGGUGGCCCUCUUCGAUCACUUGGAACUUUGGCGAUGGGAGGAGCACCUGUUGACCUUCGAAUGGGAAGCCCUGCAGUCCCUCCAGCGCCUGGUGCGCUGCGACCGCCGAGCCCUGGACCUGGCCUUGGCGUCGCUGGCGGCCAGCGCCAGGUUGGCCAUGGCGCCACGCGCCUGGGCGUGGGCUGCCAAGGCCUUGACCAACGGCACCAAGGGACCCAUGCAUUGGCCUGCCUGGGUGAAGUUGAUGGAAACUCCGCCGGAGAAGGGAUAUUUGCUGAGCCUCUCCGUACCUUGGAAAGUCGUAAAGUCAAAGGAUGAGCUGGAGACUUCCAUGAAGGUACUGAGCUCUGCUUCCACCAUCGCCAUGGAUGCCGAGUGGGUCCCCGAGACGAAGGGUGUGGCCAUUUUGCCGCUGGCCACCUGGGAGGAAGUUCACAUCUGGGACCUGCAGGAGCUUGGACCCCUGGUGUUGCCCCACUUGCGUGAGCUGCUGGCAGCUGAGUCGGUUCGGAAGCUGGGCUUCUGCUUCUCCAGCUCUGACUGGCCGCGGCUGUCGUCCUUGGGUCCUCUGGAGCUCCGCCGCCUCGUGGAUCUGCGGCUGAGCCAACCCGAGGGCGGCUUGAGGGCCUUGGUGCGGAAGACCUUGGGACGGAGGCUGGAUAAGGCAGAGCAGCGCUCCGAUUGGUCCAGACGGCCUUUGCUGGAGAGCCAAUUGCAAUAUGCUGCCCUGGACGCGCACUGCUUGUUGCAAAUUCUGAGAGCCUUGAAGCUCACUGAGCAGCAGCUGCAAAUGAUGGAGGUACAGCUUUCAAAUCUCCAAGAAAUCCACUUGGAAGCGCUUCCCGAUGGCCUUCAGUUGCCUCAUAUCGAGCUGCGGGUGGGACAGGUCCAACAGGUGCAAAGAAUUUCCACCUCGCGGCAUCUCACCUGCUGCCACAUCAACUUGGGGUCGACGGCCAAGCAGCUGAUUCAAGGUGGUGAGUUCCUGGUGGAAAAUCAGCGGGUCCUGGUGAUCUGCAACGUCUUCCCCCGGGAGAUCCACGGCCACCGCUCCGAGGCUGGGCUGCUGGUGGCCAGGAAUGGCAAGGGCAAGGCGGCGGCGCGGCCACCCGAAGCCGCGCCACUGGGGGAAGCUGUGGAUGGAGAGAGGACGUAUCCUACAAUCGAUACAUCAGCAUUGGACAACCCAUGGAUCAGGGUGGCAAAGCGUUUGUCCACAGGGAAAGGUGUGGUGCUAUUGGACGGCAAGCCAUUAAUCUGUGCGGCUUGGCAUGAGCGGCAAGUCCCAUUGCAUAUGAAUGUGGGGCUGGUGAGGCUUGCUACAUCAAUUGCGCUGACGGUGGGUUCUUCGAUUAACGGUGACCGGGGCAACUGGUGGAUUCCCAGGGUGGUUGGCAGUGAUUCCCUAAAGAUGUUACUCCGGGAGCUGUCGGCCCAAUGCGUGGAAGCGGCGGCCGAUCGGGUGGUGGCCUUUGCCACUGGUGAGGAAUCAUCAUCCCUGGCGUUUGACGCCAGUUUAUCGGAGCUCCGUACUGAGGUGGCUGCUGUUUGGGACGCCAUCGCCGAGCUGGCAGAGAUCGUGGGGGAUGCAGCUCCCCAUGGCGCUGUGCGAUACUCUCAAUCCAGCAGCCUAGGCCCGGCAGGUGACCUGCUCCAGGCCGCCAGCCUUGCCAAGGAGAAGGCUGAGACCUGCCAAGGCGACCUGCGACGCGUGGAAGCGGCAGUCCAAGAGCUCAAUUCCAGGAUGAAUGGUUGUGAGAGAAGACUCAGGGAAGCGGGAAACAAGGAGGACCUGUUUGCCACCUUUGAUGUGAGCAGCUUCAAGGUGCCACCGCAGGAGCCUGAGCCCAAGCCCGCAGCCGAUGUGGCCCCCUCGCGCCUGGCGCGCGCCUUCGGCGACCUGCCGGCUGUGCCCAUGAAGGGCCGGCCGUCAGAUGCCUCCAGCAGCCAUGCCACCGUGUCUGAUGCGGGUGAGGCUCGAGGGGAGACGACCUGA